GCCGAGGUCUGCUGCCGCCGACCGCCAGGCCCCGGGUCCCGGGCGCCCCGAGCCCGCGCGGGGAUGUGGGCCCCCCCGCCGGGAUGUGGGCCCCCCAGCCGGGGAGCGCAGUCGCCGCGGCGCCCGCCGAGGACGCAGGACGGAGCCGCGGCCCGCGCUGUCCGGGGAGAAGACGGAGGCCCUUCCGCCUGGGACGACGGGACCUGAGGCGCCGGCCCGCGCCCCCGGACCGCGGGAAGCAGCGCAGCGAGUCGUGGGACAGCCUGAAACACUCCGUCUCAGAAGGAUCUGGAGCGGUGCAGUUAAUUCACAGUGUGCUUUUUACAACAUCUAAGAUGGUGCGUGAACAAUACACCACGACCACAGAAGGCACCCACAUAGAGCGUCCAGAGAACCAGUCUGUCUACAAAAUCGGCAUUUAUGGCUGGAGAAAGCGUUGCCUUUACUUACUUGUUCUUCUUUUGCUCAUCAUCCUCCUUGUGAAUUUUGCUCUUACAAUUUGGAUUCUUAAAGUGAUGUGGUUUUCCCCAAGAGGGAUGGGUCACCUGUAUGUUAUAGAAGAUGGACUUUUCCUGGAGGGGGAAUCGGAGUUUUUAUUCCCGCUGUAUGCCAAAGAAAUACACUCCAGAGUGGACUCAUCUCUACUUCUGCAGUCCACACAGAAUGUGACUGUAAAUGCACGCAACCCAGAGGGAGAAGUUACAGGCAGAUUAAAAGUGGGUCCCAAAAUGGUAGAGGUCCAGAGUCAACAGUUUCAGAUCAACUCCAAGGACAGCAAGCCACUGUUUACUGUUGAUGAAAAGGCAGUUGUGGUUGGUACGGAUAAACUUCGAGUAACUGGGCCUGAAGGGGCUCUUUUUGAACAUUCAGUGGAGACGCCCCUCAUAAAACCGGACCCAACCCAGGACCUUAGACUAGAAUCCCCGACACGGAGUCUCAGCAUGGACGCCCCGAAAGGCGUUCAUAUUCAAGCUGCUGCAGGGAAAAUGGAGGCCCUUUCCCAGAUGGACAUCGUUCUUCACAGCAGUGAUGGGACAUGACCCAGAGCCCAGGGCAAAGCCUGCCUAUCACGCAUGUGUACUGUCACCCACCGCUUCCAUGAAGAGGUCAGCAUCCUGAGAGGGGACACAGACGCAGACGCCAGUUUAUUAAAAGCUUGGAGUAUACAGGAUGAGAGCCACGUAAAACAAAGGAGGGGUCCAACCUUGUUGGCGAGGAAGAACAUGGAACCUUCCCAAACAUGGUUUAAUUCCUUCUGAUAAGUGAGUGCCCUGGUCAGGCUUGGCAGCUCUGUGUGACCACACUUAUUUUCUUAAGCUGUCAGAUUACCAGAUCUCAAUAAAUGGCCAUUUGUUUGUAUUUCAGUUCAACUAAACCUCGAUAGGAACAAAAAAAUCCAGUGGCUUUCAUCUUAUUUUAGUUGUCUGUGUGUCUGCUGCUUUCCUGCAUUUAAUAGAAGGCAGUAGAGUUUCAAAUAAUAUUUUAAAAGCUGGGGAAGGCUUCCCUGGUGGCACAGUGGUUGAGAGUCCACCUGCCGAUGCAGGGGACACGGGUUCGUGCCCUGGUCUGGGAAGAUCCCACAUGCCACGGAGCGGCUGGGCCCAUGAGCCAUGGCCGCUGAGCCUGCGCGUCUGGAGCCUGUGCUCUGCAACGGGAGAGGCCACAGCAGUGAGAGGCCCGUGUACCGCAAAAAAAAAAAAAAAAAAAGGCUGGGGAAAUGGUUGACAGCUAUUAGGAUGAAUUUAAUUGCCUCUCACAGGAAAAUAAAAUCAGGAGAAAUUCCAACAAUCACAUGUUAAAAUGACUAAGAUGAAUCUACUUCUGUGGCUUGUAUCAAUACUUUAUCCUAAUAGGGAGGAGAAGCUGAAGGUCAAAGUGGAACACAAGGUAAAUGUGAAUCAGGCAAAGAAUUGUAUGAUUUUGGUCAAAUAAUUCUGAAAGGUCUUCAUAAAAGUGUCGCAUCGUACAGUUUUCUAGCUCACCUAGCAGAAUGAGUAAAAGAAAAAAAUGACUUCCCUCCAGUUCCUAAGGACUAUUUAUCCCCUGCCUGGAUGUAAACUAGAAAUAGGCUUUUAAAGAAUCAGAUUAAUUGUAAUAUGAUUUCAGUCAAGCCAGGUGCCUACUUCAUUUUCUCUGCAGAGGAACAGCGAAUUUGUUUGGAACAUUUUGAGCAUUCAAUUUCAUGCUUGUUGCGUUCAUUCCUCCUUGACCACUUCAUCUCUCGUUCU